CCGCGCAAGGGGACCUCUUCAGUUAACGCAGCGCAAUAUUUAGGCAGUAUCGAAACUGAGACGCAAAACACCACUGCGUUUUUCCGUUACCCGGUCGCAUUCGUCCUCCCUUCCGUCACGCCAUUAACAAGCCCAAGGCGAACCCAUGUCGAUAACUCGGCCGAGUCCGAAUCAGGAAGAAGGAGCCCAACACUUUGAGACCCAUCAUCGGAGAAUUUUAAUAAAAAACCAGCAUGGAGAGAAGCUUGUGGGAAUAUUACAUGACACAGAUCAAAAGGAGCUGGUUAUAUUGUGCCAUGGAUUUCAAUCCUUGAAGGAACGCAUUCCCAUGGUGAACCUUGCUGCUGCUCUAGAAAAUGAAGGAACCAGUGCCUUCCGUUUUGACUUUGCUGGCAAUGGGGAAAGUGAAGGUUCCUUCCAGUAUGGUAACUACCGUAGAGAAGCUGAUGAUUUACGAGCAGUAAUCCAACACUUCCAAAGGAAGAAAUAUGUAAUAACUGCAAUUGUUGGGCACAGUAAAGGGGGCAAUGUGGUGCUCUUGUAUGCUUCAAUGUUUAAUGAUGUUUCGAUAAUUGUCAAUAUUUCUGGCCGUUUUGAUCUUGAGAGAGGCAUUGAAGGCCGCUUGGGUAAAGACUAUUUACAAAGAAUCAAGAAAAAUGGAUUUAUUGAUGUUAGGAAUAAAAGAGGGAUUUUUGAGUAUCGUGUGACUGAAGAAAGUUUGAUGGACCGUCUGAGUACAGAUACUCGUGCAGCCUGCCUUAUGAUUCAACAAAACUGCAGGGUAUUGACAAUCCAUGGAUCCAAGGAUAAAAUUGUACCGGUAGAGGAUGCCGUGGAGUUUGCCAAGUUCAUACCUAAUCAUAAACUACACAUUAUACAAGGAGCCGAUCAUGAAUACACUUCACAUCAAGAUGAGUUGGCUGCAGUUGUGCUUGAUUUUAUCAGAGAACAUUUUCAUCGGGACAGAGAUACAUCCGUGCGAUCACCGUCACCCGCAAAACUUGACAGAUCGGUUAAUUCUCGAUUGUGAUACAUUUUCAUUAAUAUAAUGAAAAUACAGAACUUCAGGACAAUACAAGGGAUUGGUGGUUGAAAUACAUUGGGAGAAUGCCUGUGUAUAAGUAAGGAUUACCCUACGUUGUGUGCAGGGUUUCUUACUUGGCCACUCAUCUGGAAUUGGAAGUUGUUGAAUUCGGUCUUAAAAUUGUAUUAUAAGAAGUGUGAUUCAUUAAAACAA